AUGCUCCGAUUUGGUAAUUCAUCAACAUCUGAUUAUUUCAAACUUCUUGAUUUAGAUGGUAAUCAUUUACUAAUCGGUGCAAGAGAUGUUGUAUAUAAUAUCAGUGUUGAAACAUUCACCGAAGUACAUUCAAUUAAAUGGCCAUCAAAGGAAAAUAUUGUGAUGGAAUGCUUAAUGAAGGGAAAAUCAAAGGAUGCAUGUCAUAAUUAUGUACGUAUCCUGGCUAAAGAUGAUGAUCAAAGUAUCCUAAUUUGUGGUACUAAUGCAUUUCAACCGAUGUGUCGAAAAUAUGAACGUGAAAAAUACGGUGAUUAUAGGCAAAGUUUAGAAUUUUCCGGACUCGGUAUUGCACCUUAUGAUCCAAAUCAUAAUUCAACAUUUCUUCGAGAUGGUGAUCUGUUGUAUGCUGGGACAGUAUCAGACUUUUCGGGUGCUGAUCCAUUGAUACAUCGACGAAAUAUUACAAAAAUUGUUGAUUUGGGCAUUCGUACGGAACGGAACGAUGUGAAAUUCCUGAAUGAGCCACAUUUUGUUGGUUCAUUUCGAGACAGUGAAGUAAUUCUCCAAUGA